AAUUCAUUUGGAGACAAGUUUAGGACAAGUUUUAGGCUCCUUUCUCUUUUCAAUGUGAAUCUUUUUCUUCUCACCCUCACCGAUCUCACUACUCAUCAGGUAUGAAGCGUAAUUUCAUAAAGAUAGCUUCUUUAGAAAAAGAAGCAUCAUCAAGAUUACGGCACAAACCAGCAGCGCUAUCUGUACCAUCAUGAAAGAAACAAGCAGUAGCACCUGCAGUACCUUCAGCACCUCUUGAACCACCACGGGCAGCACCUCGAGUACCACCAUGUGCAGCACCUAUAGUUCCACCACUUGCACCACCUCUAGUGCCACCACUUGGACCACCAUCAGCACCACCUCUAGCACCACCAUCUUUAGGAGAUGAUAAUUUGGAGAGUCCUUCUACCACCAUACCUUCUCCUUCUAUAUCAUCAAAUAUAAUCUAUCACGGAUACAACCAUAUUCCUCACAUACAUGCAGAGUCGAGCAGGCUUCUUCCUAAUGGCCAUGCUAUAGCUGAGAGCAUUGCUGAUGCAUUUAGAGAGAAACAAGACCCACAUGGAUAUAACUGGACUUUAGUUAAUAAGGAUGUAAAACAAUUCUAUUGGGAAGAUUUCAAGAGAAUAUAUACAUGGGAUCCUCAUGCUGAGAUGUUGAUCCAGACCAAUUGGAAGAAACUUGCAUUAGUUCACUACAAUAAGACACUUCAUAAAUGGAGAAAGAAUUGGAAGAAAAAAGAAGAAAUACCUCAAGGUGUUAAAGAUGAUGUUUGGGCUACAUGGCUUAUUAAGUGGGAAUCAGAAGAUUGGAAAAAAAAAUCUGAGAAAGCUAGGAAGAACAGGCUAUCAAAAUCCGGUGGUUCCGGUACCGGUAUAGCUAGGCAUACAGGAGGUUUCAAAUCUAUUUUGGAGCAUACAAAAUCAAUGGAAAUAGAAAAUGGUGGAGAGGUGGAUCCAUGGGAAGUUCAUAAAAAGUUGCAUAAGAGAAAAGAUGGAAAAUUUGUUGACAGUAAAUCAUCAACUAUUAAUGAUAAGAUGGAAAUUGCUAUAGCUAUCGCUAGUCAGCUAAAUGAAGAUGGGAGCAUGCCAGUAGUUGAUAUCCGCUCCAUUUAUUAUGAUGUUGUUGGCGGUGAAAACAAGAAGCGAGUGUAUGGAUUAGGCUCUCAGGCAUCAGUAUUCUAUCCCCGUAAUUGUUCAUAUGCUUCUUCUUCUGGAUGUAGAUCAGAUGAUGAGCAUACGAAGCAGAUGAUAGAGGAUCAUUUUAAUGACCAACAACAAAAUCUUACACAACAGCUAGACACUUUACGUGAGCAACAAGAAUCCUUACGUAAGUAUCAAGAUACAUUGCAUCAACAGCAAGAAGAUUUAGUUAGAAGGGAGCAGGGACUACAUGAUACUUUGCAGCUAGAGUUAUCCAAAAGACAACAAAAACUUGAGGAUACGAUGUUACUUCGGAUGCAGGAAAUGUGGAAGAAUAUGCAAAAAGGUGUACCACCUAGCGGAGAGGCUGAGGUUUGAUGAUUAGGGGCCAUCGAGUUAUAUUCCGUAGUUUUAUUAUUAUGUUACUUUAUCGAACUUAGUUUUAUUAUUAUGUUACUUUAUUAGUUUUAUGUAUUGACAUAUUUAAAUAGAAGAGUUCACUUUUAAUUUGAAAUAGUUGUAUUAAAUUUUAAUAUAUUUAACAGGUUAUGUUUUGUA